GGGACUGGCGCAUGCGCUGCCGGAGUGGGCGGAGCUCCCUGGCGGUCCGGAGAAAAGACAAGGGAGCGGUGGCCGGUCGCCUCAGACCCCCGCUCAGGAGGGAGCGGGCGGUACUAGGCAAGAGGGGCUGCGUUUCCGCAGCACUCGGCGCCUGCUGUCUUCCAUUCCUCCUCGGCCGCCUGAGGAGGAGCGACCAUGUCGGUCGUCUUUUACAUCCUCUCCACGCUGGGCGGCUACCUCUUCACCUCGGCGCUGCUGCUGAAGUACCCGGGCUUGCUCCACCGACCCAAGCGCCACCGCUUCCGAUGCCGGCACAUCUCCCACCGCGGCGGUGAGGGCGGCCGCUGGGCGUCGUUGUAUUCAUGUAUAUGCAUAUAUAUUGUCAAAUCGAGAGGCAGGAUUUUUCUUUUUCUUUUGUGAAGGGGCGCAGCUUUAUUUUGGGGAGUGGGCGUAGCAAUCGAGAGAGAGAAAAGGGGGUGUUCUCUGGUGGAGAGGAUUUUUUUUGGGGGGGUGUUGCCCACCUUACCAUUUGUAAUUAUUAAAUACGGGGUUUUUUUAAUAUUGAGGCUAUCCCGAAGAAUAUGGGAGGGAAGCUGUUACAAAUUGAAUCAUACAAUAACGAUAAUUGGGGGCGGGGGUAGGGUCUUGCCUUACUAAUAAUAAUAUUCGCAGUAUUUAUAUCCCUCUCUUAACUGGACAUUUUCAAUCCCAGAGCAGGGAACAAACAGAGAAAAUAAACAGAGAAAAACAAUAUACAAAAAAUGCAAAAUCAUAUAAAGGGGGGGGUCCCUAGCAUAUUAUUUAUUUGUAAUUAUUGAAUGCACUGUUUUUAAUGUUGUUUGUUAGUCACCCAGGGAAUAUGAGAGGGAAGCUGUAUGAAUUUAAUAAUAUAAUAAUGGUAAUUUUGUGGGGGAGGGGGAUUUGUCUUAUUAUCUAUUUGUAAUGAUUAAGUACAUUAUUUUUAAUAUUAUUUAUAAGUGUCCAAAUGGCUAUUUAUUGAUGGGAGGGAAGCUGUAUAUACAUUCAACAAUAUAAUAUUUGUAAUGAAUGUUCUUGGGGCAGUGCAGAUUUUUGGGUGGGGGACAGAUAUUUUGUGGGGAGGCAAGAACUGGAGAGAAAACUAUUAUUGGGAAUGUAGAGCAUUUUGGUGGUGACAAGUUGGGAGAAAAUAUUGGGGGGGCAACAAAUGGAGAUAAAUCUUUUGAGGAGGGGUGAAAGGGGGGCUACAAAGAACUAUAGGGGCAACAGAUUGUGAUACAAAAAUAAUACAUUCUUGGGCAGGAACUGAAUUGGGGGGGGUUAUGGUAGAGGAGAGAGAAGACCCACUUGCCCUCCCCCCCUUGGGGGUGAUGAAAAAUGUGUAUGUGUACAAGGUCACACCCCCACCCCAGCCCCUGAAAAUCUCCGGGUGAAGCAAUUGAUUGUCCUAGGGACUUCAGCGGCAAUUUAAAGAGAAGAAAGGGAGAACAUUGGCGGUGAUGCUGGCCUUGCUCGCUCACUCUCUUCCUCUCUCAAAAAAGCUGACCUUGAAAUCUGUGCCCCCUCCUUGCUCCCCCGCCCCUAAGAAAAGGGGUGGAGAUUGCUACCUUUCUUUCGUGCCUAGCCUCACCCCCCCCAAAAAAAUAAAACACUUCUUCAGACAUCAGCAAGCAAAUUUUACUGUGAUGAUAAUGUCUGAAUGUUGAAAUAGAGAUUAUAUUCUGUUUUUGUAUGUUACACUGUUAUUUUUCAUCAUCCUCUCUCUGGGCUGCUUCUCACCCCCUCCACACAAUGGCAAGUUUCCUUUCCUCUCUCUCCCCCUAUCCUCUUUAUAGAGGAUUUGCCUUUUUCAACAUCCCCCAAAUCUGGCCAGCUUUGUUUUCUAAAGUUCUCACACACACUCCUUUAUGCAGUCCUCCCCUCUAGUAUCCCUUUCAUUCUUCCUCCCCGUUCUUCCUCCCCAAGCCCUCCCUUUUGUCAGACACUUCUCUGCUUCGGAUUUCAGAAGUGUCUUUCAGAAGUAUCAUUUAGAUUUUCCAACCUCUCCCUCCCCCUUCUGCAACUUGUCUGCUUCCUAAACUUCACAACUCCUUCCACCUUUUUGUAUCCUUUGGAAUUCCUUUUUUGUACAUCCCCCUCCCUAUGCCCUGUUAUCUUGUCAGCCAUCUGUCAAACUUUAAAUAGGCAAUUUCAGAAUAUUCUCUUUUUUAGAGAUGUUGCAAAAUCUGUCUUGUUUAGACAGGCUGCAGCCCUGAGAGGGCAGCAGGGUCAGGGUUAAGUUGGGAGUAGGUGGGUUUCAGGGCAGCUAAUGGACAGCAUGCUUUUAAAUCUUGUUUUGUUUUUAAAGCAGUCUUUUAAUUGGGUCUGUCCCAAGUUCAUAUGGAGAUAGGGCUUUAAAAAAAUCAAUGAACUAUAAUCCUGUGCCUGUCUUUUUGGGAGGCAUUAUUAUUAACAAUGUUUCUAUACUGCCCUUCGUCGGAGGAUCACAGGGUUUACAGGUUUACAGUAUAAAAACACAACAAUACAUACGAUAUGCAUGCCAGACCUUUAUUGAGCAACCUGUGCUUAAAUUGUGUUGGACGCUUCGUAACUUUGUGAGCAUGCACCUUGCAGUAGUUAUUCCCUACCCCUUUAUGAUAGGAAGGUCUAUCCUCCCCAUCCCAAAUCUGUUACCUCUCACCAUUUGAUACCAGCUUCCUUAGAGUUGAAUGUCAACUACGUGUGCUGAAAAGGAAGUAAUAAAAAGGUAAGAGGUACCAGCACCUAUGUGUUCAUUAGCAUUAUAAUAAAUAAGAAGAACAUAAGAAGAGCCUCUUGGAUCAGGCCAAAGUGAGCCCAUCUAGCUCAGCAUCCUGUUCUCACAGUAGAGGUAGGAGGUAAAAUACAUGGGCCCCAAAUUUCCUCCUUAGAGGGGUUGCUCAUCAUGCUCCUUUUUUGCAAGAGGGGUUUCUGAAUCCUUUAAUGGUAUAUUUCACAACUCUACAUUUUAUCUUAGUAAUUGCUCAGCUAGGUCAUUUUACCAGCCAAUGGCAAUUAAAAUGUCAUCUUUCCUCAAGGGAUUUCACUUGACUCACUUUCUAAUCUGUUUAGCCUGUGCUAUUGGGUGACAGAGAGAAGGUGGAACUGCACAACACCUACUUUGCCUCUGUCUUCAUCCAAAAGGAAAGUGGCGCCUAACCUGGUAAAUCAUGCAGCACAAUAAAUAACACAAUAAAUCAUGCAAGGAGGGAGAUGAAGCCCAAGAUAGGAAAAGAGCUGGUAAGGGAACACCUAGCUGCUUUAAAUGAACUAAAAUCUCCAGGACCUGAUGAGCUGCACCCAAGGGUACUAAAGAAGCUUGCAGAUAUCAUCUCAGAGCAUCUGUUUAUAAACUUUGUGAACUCUUGGAGAGCAGGUGAGGUCCCUGCAGACUGGAGGCGGACAAAUGUUGUUUCCAUCUUUAAAAGGGGUGUGGGAGAGCAGCAAAAAGUUCAGUGGUUCUCAGAGUGUGUGGCAUACCCAAACUAACAAAAUGAAUUUCAGCAGGGACAAAUGUAAGGUUCUACACUUAGGAAGGAAUAAGAAGCUGUGCAAAUAUAAGAUGGGGGACACCUAUGAACAGGAUCUAGGGGUCUUAGUAGACCACAAGCUGAACACAAGUCAGCAGAGUGAUGCAGCAGCAAAAAAAAGCUAAUGCUAUUUUAGGCUGCAUCAGCAGAAGUAAAAUAUACUAGUCAUACUAGUCCUGUUCUGUUCUGCAUUGGUCCAUUCUGCCUUGGAGUCUGUCGAGUUCUAGGCACUACAAUUUAAUAAGGACAUUUACAAGCUGGAAUGUGCAGGGAAGGGUGUCCAAGAUAAUAAUGGGUCUGGAAACAAAGACUUAUGAGGAAUGGUUGGUGGAACUGGGUAUGUUUAGUCUGGUAAAAAGGACACUGAGAGGAAAUAAGAUAGCCAUCUUCAAAUAUCGUAAGGGGCUAUCACAUGGAAGGUGGAUCAAACUUGUUUUCUUCUGCUCUGGAGGGUAGGACCCAAACCACUGGAUUCAAGUUACAAGAAAGGAGAUUCUGACUAAAGAUCAGAAAAAAAUUAUUGAGAGUAAGAGCUGUUGACAGUGGAACAGACUCCCACAAGAGGGGGUGGACUCUCCUUCCUUGAAGGUUUUAAAGCAGAGGUUGAAUUCAUGUGUGAUCUGGUGGAGAUACCUGCAUUGCAGGGAGUUGGAUUAGAUGACCCUCAGAGUUCCUUCCAAUGCUAUAGUUCUAUGCUUCUACUCCAGAAGCUUUUAAAUGAAUGGAUGAGGGCAUAUAAGCAAUCACAGAACCUGCAGUCCAGUCCUGAGCUGUUAAUACCUGCCUUGCACUCUGAACUGAGGCUGCUUUCUGCGUGAUGAAGCUUCCCAAGAGUAAACCUCCAUCAGCGCAUUCCAUGAAGAUUAUCCUGCAAAGCUAAUGCCUUCCACUCCUAUUGUGCAAAAGUAAGAUGUGUGACCAAACAAAGUUGUGACCUUCAGUUGAAGUGGGAUACUUGCCUUGUUUGAACUGGUUCUUGUAUUGUCCCUGAAGAGGCUGGCCAGACGAAGGCUGUUUUCUGCAGGAAUUAGCUUUAAGUACAGAUGUUUAAGUACAGCUGCGUGCAAGGAUGAUCAGGAUUUUUCAGCUCCAUCAAAAGAAUUUAGGCAUCUGGAUGACAAGGUCCUUGUCACCUUUUCCUUACUCCAUUCACCUGCUUAUACUGCUUCCAUUUGCUGCCUUCCAUGCAUCCCCUAAGGGACGCGGGUGGUGCUGUGGGUUAAACCACAGAGCCUAGGACUUGCCGAUCAGAAGGUCGGCGGUUCGAAUCCCCGCGAUGGGGUGAGCUCCCGUUGCUCGGUCCCUGCUCCUGCCAACCUAGCAGUUCGAAAGCACGUCAAAGUGCAAGUAGAUAAAUAGGUACCGCUCCGGCGGGAAGGUAAAUGGCAUUUCAGUCAUGAGCAUGGCUCAGUCAUGCUGGCCACGUGACCCGGAAGUUGUACGCCUGCUCCCUCGGCCAAUAAAGCGAGAUGAGCGCCGCAACCCCAGAGUCGGCCACGACUGGACCUAAUGGUCAGGGGUCCCUUUACCUUUUACCUAUGCAUCCUCUAGACCUGGAAUAUAACUAGAACUCACCAGGUUAAGACUCUCUCCCACCUCUAUAAAAUCUUUCUCUGUUGCAUCCUUGUGUUCGUUUGCUGGUUGUAAUCACAGAAGAAUCGACCCUUUCCUCACCUCUGCUCCUCCAUCAAGCUGUAAUCUCUCCUUUCGUUUUUGUCUUCCAUUAUUUAGAUUUUUAAUGCUCUCUGGGCAGGGAUACUGGUUCUUCACAGGGGCAGGGAGAAAAGGGAGGCUUUCUUAUUUGUGUUGGGUCAAUGCCUUCUGUCCUGAUGAAUGUGAUGUGCCUUGUUUUAAGGCCUUUUAAUCUUUCUAGCUGCUGGCUGUACUGUUACCUGCCAUAUAAAAGCCACCUUGUUUGCUGCCUCCCAUCUAAUUCAGAAAUCAAACUCUGCCUCAUCCUGAGCAUCAACAUGAAUGCUUCAAGUUGUCUCAGUUUACAAGCCUUCAUAGAACUUCCUCAUCUAUUAUUAGUAGACAGACCUGCAUUAAGAAACUGCUUGUUCUGGAAGAUGAGUAACUGAGCUCUCAGAUACUCUUAUUCCAGAGCCCUGAAUCUCCCAUCGCUGAGUGGAUGAGCUUUCUUUUUUACUUGUGCUACACAAUAUGCUUUCUACUGAGUAGAUUUGAAUGAACGAUGCUUGCAGAGGUUCAGUACCAGAGCUGCCAAACAUGCAAAUAUGAGGCCUUUGUUUGGCCUGUUGAAAAGUGGGCUUGUUUAAUCAGGAAUGGUUUUAUUCUUAUUGUUAUUGCUGUAAUAUUUAUUUGAUGUUUUACCUGCCUUUUUACUAUCAGGUCCCACGGCAGGUUACAAGUGAUCAAAAAGUCAGUAAUAUAUAAAAUUAAAAAGACUUUAAAACAAAUUGCACUUAACAGGCGUAGGUUGGGUACCAAAAAUAUAUAUCUUAGAUGUCAAAGGCCAAUGUAAAGAAGUGUGUUUUCAGAAUACAGCAGAAACUGUAUAAUGAAAGUGUCAGGCGCACCUCUGUGGGUAAGGAAUUCCACAAUGUAGGAGUUGCCUCUUCUGGGCCACCACCAUUCCAAACUUCUGAGGGUGAUUGAACCUCCAAGAUCUGCUGAUGUUAACAUCCAAGAGGGUCUGUAGGGAAAGAGGCAGUCUUUCAAAUAUUUGGGGCCUAAGUCAUUUAAAGCUUUGAACACUAAUGUGAGCACCUUGGAUUGGGCCUGGAUUGGGCCUUGAACUGGCAACCAACUAUAUUAGCCCUACUGGGCAUCUACAUGCACCUGUGUUUUCAAGUGGUGGAUACAGUAAGCUCUUUGGCCCUGUUCAUGUUGAACCGUAAGGCUUCUCCAUUUGCUCAAGAUACAGGUCAUAGAUAAGUAGUGAUGGCUCUCUUCCACAUUGGGUUGUUAAGAGUUGGUUUAAGAUGCCAAGUUGAAAUUAGAUCAGAUCUAAAACCACUCAUUGCAGACUUUCAUUGACUUGCGUAGGAUUUGCCCCCAUGCGGCACAUAUUGUGGUAUAAUCAUUUCCCCUUCCAGGGAACCGAUUCUAAAGACCUUCUGUCCCAGGAUAACAAAGCGAUAUAGGCUUGCCUUGAGAGUGUCUGGCACUUAUCUAGGUCACAUUUCAUCAGAGUUAAAUUACAUAGAGGUAAGAAGAUCAGGCACUAAUGCACCUGAAUCUUCUGCAAGCUGGGCUGGUCCUCUGACUUAAACUCACUCUGUAAUGUGGGAUUCCAGGUUCCAUCCUCAGCUGGCUGAUGCAACUCAGUUCUCUGACAUGUGGAAAUAAAAAGCCAACUUUGUUCAUGUUUGUUCCCCAAACAUGUGCUUUUUAUUUCUUACAAAGGGCUAAUGUGACAAAGUGACUUAAGAGACACUGCUAAGAACCUAAGAAACCCUGAGCUGUAAAAGAAUCUGCCUUGUGCUUCUUUUCCACCUAGCCCGGUUUCACACAAACACACAGACACACCCACCGACUGGCACAGGAUUCUCUGGGUUUCUGGGAGAAAGUGAUUUUUCUUAUCGCUUACUACUGAGCCCUGCAGAUAGAACUAGGGUGGGCAUGUAGAGAAUUGCAAUCUUCUCUGAAUAUGUACUAGUAUGUAUAAUCAGCCUUGUACAAUGUGGUUAUAAUGGUUCCUUUAUUGCAUCCUUCCCCAACCUCUGUCCCUUCAUAUCAGCCUCACUUUGCAUGGCCAAUGGUCAGGGGAGAUUUUCUUUCUUUCUGAAAAUAAUGAUAUACCACUAUUGAUAAAAUAAAAUCAAGAGUCGUUUGCUACAGUUAUGCAUAAAACCACACAGUAAAAAAACAUAGAAAAUGUUAAAAUCAAAAACCAACCAACUAAUAUGGAAAGAUGUACAGUUCUCUUAAUUGCCUGUGGAGCCUGCUGCACGCAUUAGAAAAGUUUGCAGCAGGUGUUGAAAAGCAGACACAACGCCUGCUGAAUCUCUGUAGGCAAAGUAUUCCACAACACUGGACCGAUGAUAUUAAGGACUCUGGUACAGUGAUACCUUUUGGUUACAAACUUAAUUUGUUCUCGAGGUCCAUUCUUAACCUGAAACCGUUCUGAACCUGAGGGACCACUUUAGCUAAAGGGGCUUCCCGCUGCCGCUGCACGGUUUCUGUUCUCAUCCUGAGGUAAAGUUUUAACCCCAAGUACUACUUCCGGGUUAGCGAAGUCUGUAACCCGAAGUGUUUGUAACCUGAGGUACCAAUGUACUUGUAGCUGUUAAUUGGGCCUUUCUAACUCAGUUGAUUAUCUCAAUGAUCAAGCUGGGAUAUUAGGGGUUCAGCCAACCCCUGAGGUACCCUGAACCUAAGUUGUUCAGGACUUUAAUACAAAGACAUUGAGCCUGGCUUGGUAGCAGCCAGCCAGCCAGGGCAGAUGCUUUAACAAUGGUGUCACAUGUUUUCAGCCAAAUAGCAGCCUGGUAUCUCAAAUUCUUCACCAGCUGGAACUUCCAAACCAGACCCAAGAGGAGCCCUGCAUGGUGGGAGUUGUAGUUCAACAACAUAUGGAACACAAAAGGUUGUGGGAGACUGAUCUCAUAGAUGAAGUGCUGUGCUAAGUUGUGUUUCUCUUACCUUGCAAAAGUACAUUGGGUACAUGUUUUGUCCAGCUGUUUUGUAGUCCAACUUUCUGUUUCCAAAAGUGGUUGACUAGGAUCACUUAGUUACUUGCCCUCAGCAUCUGAAAAUUGGAGGAAUCAUGUCUCUGAAUAUGGAGGCUUUAUGAUGUACUAAUACCCAAGUUUGACUAACACUUUUAAAAAGCCAUCUAAGGCAGAAGCAAUCAUUACCUCUUCUAGUAAUGAUUUCCAUAUUUUAAUUAGAGAGAAGUUCACCUCACUCCACAUCCAGCCAAGGGCUUUAAUGUGGAUCAGAUCUCAGAUUCAAUGGUCGCUUAAUUCUAGCACUCAGAUCAUACAGCUGAAAUCAUAACUACGCAAUCAAAUAUUUAGAGUCCUCUGCUUAUUUUUCCAUUGUAAUUUUGCUAAUUCCUCCAUUGCACUGUGUGAGCAUGGCAAAGGUAGAAAUGGUAAUUAGUAAGGGGGAAACAUGACUGUUCCGUAGAAGUUUGAGUGUGGUGAUAUUUAUGUGUGUUUGAGCCACUUAACAAGAUGUGUUAAUAUAGUAAUUAGAUGAACAACUAAGUGGGCAGGUGGCCAUGCUAUUACGUUGCAGCAGAAACCUUGAUGGUGCAUUAAAGACACAGAUUCCCCCCGCCCCAAGGUGGAUUAGAGUGCAUUUAAUCAAAUCCAUUCAUUUUUAUUUAAGAUAUUUAUAUCCAGUCUUUCAGGGCAAAACCCUCCAAAGGCAGCUUAUAAAAUUUAAUUAGCUACAUAUACCAAACAGGUAUAUGCGCAUUCAAAUAAUUUUGCAGUAUAAUCUUCCUUUUAUGCACCUAUCUGUGAUCCAUACUUCCCCUGUCCAACAAAAUUGUUCCCAUGCCAUAUACCAAGGACAGUCAGCAUGGUGCCCUCCACAUGCUUUGGACUUGAACUCCCAUCAGCCCCAGGCGGCAUGGCCAGUGGUCAGGGAUUAUGGGAGUUGUUGUCCACAACAUUUGGAAGGGCAUCAUGUUGCGUACGCCUUCCUUAUGUCUCUCCGCCCUGCGCACCAAUCCCACCUUGGACGGUCUGAAGUCUUAGUCUGUACAACUUUCAUUCUAAUAAUAGAAAGGUUUCAGAAUUACAAGCAGUAUAUCAUGUCAGGUGUGGUUGUCAUCGUUUUGUCCUGUUCUCCAAAGCUUUUCACAUCUAUGUGGCAGGCUGUCAUUCAGCAGGUGUGGAUCUGUACCAAGGCGUGACGGAGAGGUACCUGGCUUAUUCCUUUCCUGUUAAUGAGCCCGGACUUCCUCUUCCUCACCCUGUUCUGCCUUUAUAGAAUCAGCAGGAAGAAGGAAGGUGGCAAACCCAGAAUUGGCCACUUAAUAUGGGGCUCCCUACCUUCCACCCUGCCGUUCCCAAUGGGUACCAGCCACCAGUGUUUAAAGAAUGAGAACAGGGAUUGUUAUGAUGGGGUUUCCUUACAGAACUUGCCUGGUAACAUCAGAGUUCGUAGCUUAUAUUUUCUCUUUCUCUGUUGAGGAGGUGGAGCUGAUGCAUUUGCUUCCUGAUUUAACAGGUGUUUGGUAUGUUUAAGCUGAGCGUGACCUAUGAACUGUAGCCUUAAGGAGGAAGGGCAGUGAGCACAUGCGUUAGUGAGUGGGUGAGGGUAAAUAAGCUUUGAAUCUCCUUACGGUUCUAAAUGUUAGGGGACCAGGGUUAAAUUGUACUUUUUUCACUUUUCAAGUGCCUCUGAAGAGUGGUUAUGCUUGACACAUACGCCGGAAGAUAUUUCAGUAGAUCAGACUUUUUGAGAGAGGAAGAGGAAGGAUGGAAUGGCAACUGUGUGCUAAAGCCUGUUCCUUAACCCACUGCAGUGUCUGUUUGCAGACAGUUUCGCACACAAUACAUUUUGUCUAGGAUCUCUAUUGAAAACAGCUGGUGCACAGCUGUACGUUGUAUUAACAAACAUUGUACGUUCAAGAUGUUGGAGGUAAGAGUUCUGAGUUGCUGCAUGGAGUGCAUAUUAAGUGGCUUUAAACUGGCAUCGACCCCACACAGCUUUGCACCCACAUUCACUCACUUACUGCAGUCCUUGGCAAGAAUCUGUGUCAGACUCAUGCCUCUCAACUUGGCACUUACUGUGCAGUGAAACUAGGUCCUUAAGGAUAAAGAAGGAAAGACAAAGAACUUUUUGUUGGAGCAGAAUAGUAUAGGCGAUUGAGUUUGUUGCAAGUGCUACUUAGAUGUCUGGCCAGUUUUGAUAGCAUUAAAUCCAUUUAGCAAUGGCAGAUGGAAGCAGCUUUCUCAGAGUUGCGCCAUUUCUGUCACUGGUUUUAAGUCUGUGUUAUGCAUCCCUGUUUCAUUAUAUAUAUAUAUAUAUUCCUGUGAGGUGAAACUAGGCACUAUUCUCACUUUUGGUGAGCCAAGCAAACCAUAAAAUUCAUGAAAUGCCUUUAAAAUAUUAUUUUAUUAUUUUAUUUGCCACUUGAUGCCAAAAUAGGCUUUCUGUGGUUUGCAAAAUAUGACGAGCUGUUCCACUAGCGUUAAAAUAUAAACAUCCAUUCAGUACAAACCUCAAAAUGCACAAUGAAACAAUCCGGCCACUAGAACAGGAGCAUCUUCAAAACAGGUGCAAAGAGUUCACAAAAUUCACCUAGCUCCCUUGCAGCUCUUAAAACAUGCAGCUCUUAAAACAUGCAGCCAUGAUCCUGGCACCAAGUGGUUGCUAUUUCCUUUAAAAUGCUGUUUUUUCCCAACAGGGGCUGGAGAGAAUCUGGAAAAUACCAUGGCAGCCUUUCGCCAGUGAGUAUCACAAUUUUUAUCAUCAGUAUUUGCUUACACAGACAGUUGGCACAUGUGCAUCUCUAGUGGCACAGUGGGUCAGUGCGCCUGGCUGUUAACCAGAACGCUGGUGGUUUGAGUCCAGCCAGGGAUGGCUGUGGGCAGGAUUCCUGCAUUGCAUGGGGUUGGACUAGAUGACCCUCGGGGUCUCUUCCAACUCUAUAGUUCUAUGCUUCUAUGACUUGUUUACACAGCCAGUUGUUCUUGGACAAUAGCACUUCAGUCCAAUCUAUUUCAGUAUUUGAGAGCUAAUCAGCAGAGACCCCCUGAGGCUCUUGUCUUGCUUAUAAAUUAUCUCCAUAAAAAUGUUCAGGUUAGGCAAUAGGCUUAUUCAUUUGACCUUUCCCUGAGCUGCAGAAAUGUGGGUGGCAUUCCUCAUUUCCUGCAGGUGGCAUUCCACAUUCCCUGCAUGCACUCGGUUUCCUUUGAAGGAUCUGUGUGUCUGAAAUACUUUAGCAUUUCCUUUCAUGGGUCAACAAGAGCUGCUGUUUGCAGAGGACAUAAUGUCAUCCUCCCUUCUAUUAACUUCUCUUGAGAAAGGAAGCCAUCCAGCACGUGGGGUUGGCUUUUCCAGGUCAGGGAGGCAGGUUUAAGCUGGAGGAGAAGCUUCUCCCUUCAACUCCCCACCUACCUUCCAAGGUAUCUUUUCACUUUUGUAGUGGCAGACAGAUGUCUUCUGAGCUCUGUGUUGUCAAGGUGUCUCCUUCCUUCCCCAAGCAAAACAGAUGAGAGAGAGGAUUCUCUUGCUUUCCUGGCCAGCUUCCAUCUGUAGUGGGAUGGCCCUCCCCCCCCCCCAAAAAAGAGUAAUAGCUGUAAAUCUAGGAACCCCUAGAACAGAUUUAGAGGGCAUGCAGGGAAAGAGGAAGACCAGUUGCACAAACACGAACCUUUGCAUCGACGGAACACAUUAUUUGAAUUCCAGCCAAUGGAUUUUCUCUUUAAUAUUUUGGAAAGUAAUACGUGAUGGAGGGAAUACUGGUAUGCAAGUUGUGGCUUGCCCAAGAUUGCUUGCUUAAGAAUAACAAAUUUGAGAGUAGAACCCAGGAGAAAAGUUUCUGUUUCCUUCAAACCAAAACAUAAAACUGCCUUCCAGUGCCGGCUUUUCAACAGAGCUGAAGCCCUGAACACAGAAGGUCACUGUUGUGAAAGUUAGAUAGUUUAAUACGUUUGUGUUACUUCUCGGCCUUGAGGCUGGGAAUGCCGUGCAGAAGUUUGCCGUGUUCUUUAAAAGCUUUCCUACGUGGGCCUCCUUGCCACAUGGAUACACAUUGGGAAAAAGCUACAGCAGAGGGCAGUGAGAAGAGGCACCUGUUCAGUGGGCUAAAGUUAUCAGAUGUUCCUUGCAGUCUGCUGCAAGGGUCACAGAGAAAUAAAGGUCAGUGUAUUUCCUAUUUGCCACUGAGAGCUUUGGCUUCUGAAACAAAAUAAAUCCAGGGUGGGUGGGUGUAUAUCUGCACCUGCAAUUAAAUAUAUGAAUGUCAAAGCUUGUAUUUCAUAGACAAUAUCCCUGGAUUAAUGAACCUUUUAGUAAGAGGACACCCAGCCUUUCAACAGAGGUGCCACAAGUGGCUGCAGUCUGGGAUAGGGGAAAGUGAUCCAUGCAGGCUUGAUUGUGGCAGAGUCAGACCUGCGUGGCAACCAGCCCUCUCCCUAUUACUGGGCUAAUGGUUGCCUAAUAUCCCAAUGCUUUUAGAGGCAAAACACACAGGGCACACAGACUGCAUAUGUUCUAUAGCACAUACUAAUCAGAUGAUGGGGACAGACUGCUGCCAGCAGAUCAGUGUGGUGUGUGUCCUGAUUUGAGCAAGGGCUGAAGAAUCAGCAGAAUUGGCGCUGUGAUGUGGAAUCCCUAGAGGUACAAAGUGAUUAAAAAAUAUUCGUCUAUGCAGAUCAGGGACUCAGGUGCACGUCUCCAGGGACUACAAUCUCCUUUUGCCAGGAAGAACAGACGCCAUGAAAAGCAAACACAUUCAGUUAUCACAUUUGAAAGAGGUGUACUGAAAUCAAGCUUGGAACCGCAGUGGGUCUUGCAGCAGCUUGAAGGCUAGCAAAUAUAUUGUGGCAUAAGCUGUAGUGGGCCAUAGUCCCCUUCAGCAGAUGCAUUAAGUGUAAGCCUAAAUUGCCAUGGUGCACCAAAACCAAACGCAGUUAAACCUGCAGUUAAACAUAUCUCUCCCAUAUCAGUCUCUACAGCCACAGCAGGCGCUGUAACUCUCCAGCAGUUUGACUUCACCCCCGAAGGCACACUCUUCCACUGUAUCCCAAGACAGAUGGAUGCCAACAACAGCAAUCACUGAGUUGGCAGUCCAGUGUGGUGCAGUGGUUAGAGUGCUGCACUAAGUCUUGGAUGACCAGGGUUCAAGUCCCCACUCAGUGGGUGACCUUGGGACAGUCAGUCAAGCUCAGCCUAGCCUACCUCACAGGGUUGUUGUAAGGAGAAUAUGAGGAGAGGGUGAGUAUAUAUACCACCUGGAACUCAUUGGGAUGUGGAUGGCGCUGUGGUCUAAACCCCUUUUGAGCUUGCCAACCAGAAUGUCAGCAGUUCAAAUCCGCACUACAGGAUGAGCUCCCAUUGCUCUGUCCCAGCUUCUGCCAACCUAGCAGUUCGAAAGCAUACCAGUGCAAGUAGAUAAAUAGGUACCACUGCGGCAGGAAGGUAAAUGGCGUUUAUAUGAGCUCUGGGACUCAUCACGGUCCUCCAUAUGCCAGUAGUAGUUUAGUCAUGCGGGCCACAUGACCUGGAAAGCUGUCUGUGGACAAACGCCAUCUCUCUUGGCCUGAAAAGCAAGAUGAGCACUGCACCCCAUAGUCACCUUUGCCUGGACUUAACCAACCAGGGUCCUUUACCUUAUCAUUUGAGGAAAUGCAGGAUAGAAAUGGGAUAAAUGAAAUAAACUCCAGUGCUUAAAAACUUGCACCAACUGCCCAUGUGUUGCCAGGUCAGAUUCAGUGUCCUUGUAUAGUGGAACCUUGGUUUUCGAACAUAAUCCAGAAGUCCGUUCGACUUCCGAAACGUUCAAAAACCGAGGAUCAAAGAGCUGUCAGCAAGUUCAGUGGGGAAAAAUGAGAAAUGUUCGGCAGCCGAGACAUGUGAAAACCAAGGUUUGACUGUAUUAGUUUCUAAGGCCCAUAAUAACUUUGGUCCAGGAUAUCUUAUGGGCCAUCUGGAUCCUUGACAUUCCUGUUGGUCAUCCCUCAUGGCUCAGAUGCAUGGCUCUUAACUGCUAGAAGUCCCAGGGCUGUUUUGCAACCUACACACUCUCCAGUAAAUUCAUUAAAGCUGCUAGGUAUUACUUCAAGACUGCCUUGAAAUGUGUGGGCUGUGGAUUUCAGCAUUAAUUUCAGAAUCAAUAACGUGUUGGAUUUGCCUCCCCCCUCCCUCGCAUCCAAUUACUCUUUGCAAAAUGGCAAAUUACUACAGAUUUCUCAGUGGGGAACCAGAAGAAACCACACAUUCCUUCUUUGUGAGGGAGUUGUGAUUAUAACCCAGGAAUUGAUUCAGGUUUUUUAAGUCUUUCUUUGUACUUAGUAGUAUUAUCACAGCUAGUACUGUACACUUUCUUCCAAAGUGCUAGGCAUUGUCAGAAUUUUCCUAGCUUGAACAAGGCUGUUGAAAAGCGCCACGGGCAAUUCUAAUCUCCAUGGCAGCUAAACGUGAUGGUUUUAACACAACAAAGUUUCCCCUCUUCUCUUUAGCUCUGCUAAAGCAGACCUUGGAAGGAGGUUCUUUAGAUUUCAUAAAGAUUGUGGUGAAGACUGGCUUUAUUUAAAUAAUGAAGUGUCAGGGUGUGCCUUUCUAAUUGCUUGCGAACUCUCUUGCUUUUGGUAAAUUGUUGGCUAUUAUUUUUGGCAUUUCAGUUCCCUCUGAACCCUACAAUCCCCUCUUCCUGCCAUAUGUAUUUAUUAGUAUUAGUAGUAUUAAUUGCAUUUGCAAGCCACCUUCCCCCCGAAAAGCUCAAGGUGGCGUACCUUCUUCUCCCCCUCAUUUAAUCCCCACAACAACCCUGUGAGGUAGGUUAGGCCAAGAGGCAGUGACUGGCCCAAGGUCACCCAGUGAGUUUGGUGGCAGAUUGGGGAUUUUCAACCCUGUUCUCCCAGGUCCUAGUCCAGCACUCAAGCCACUGCACCACACUGGUUUGCCAACUCAGGAUUACACUCAAUGGAUUGUGGGCCCACAAAAGUUUAUGCCAUAAUAAAUUUCUUAGCCUUUAAGGUGCCACAAGGCUCUUUGUGGUUUUAUCAUGUGCACUUUUCUCACAUGCAAUAGCAACUGUGCUUCCUUUCCUUUGGGGUCUGUUCUUCAUUGGAGAAGGAGGUUGCUGUCACUGGAUCUGUGUCCCUGAACCUCAUAGAUGAAACUGGGAAGAGUAUUCUUUAUUACUUUCUACCUCUAGGGAUUCCGCAGCACAGAACCAGUUUUGGUGGCUCUUCAGCCCUUGUUCAAAUCAGAACAUGCUCCUGCGAAGCCACCAACCGAGACAAGCGUUUAGAGUCUUCCAUUGUUUUAUUGUGUUGUGUUUGGGCCAUGAACGCAAGAGUUUAACAUUACACAACAAUUUUGUUUAAUUAAGCACUCAACCAAGACAGUCAAGGGAGCUGUUGUCUACUUGGGCUGGGUGGCUUCAGUCUUCCCUUUACGGUUCUGAGGCAGGAGCUCAUUAGUGCCUUUAUUGGGACCUGUGGGAAACAAAGGGAAGACUUUGGUCAGUCGGAUGUUUUGCACAAACACAGUGUCUCAAAUGAAGGCGAGACUCCAGGGUGCAAAGUUUUCCCUGUUGCAUAUUUUAUCUGACGUGGGUAGAACAUUGUAUUGUUGAUGCUUAUCAGCCACUGCACCAUACCACACUGGUUACCAGAGUGGUUUAGCAGCAUUUUUUUAAAAAAAGAAAGGUUUGUCAGCAUUUUUAAAAACAGCUCUAUCACACCAAGCAUGUAUGGGUCUGAUUUCAACAAGCUAGCCAGCGCAUCGACCCUUUUAGCUUACUUCUUGCACUUUUAUCCUGCCUUCUAAGCAGCUCAGAGUGGCCUGCUUGGGGUUUAUCCCCAUACAUCCUCACAGCAGCCCUGUCGGGGUAGGCUAGGUUGAACGGGAAGAUAGUGUGACUGCCUUAGGGUCACCCAGCAGGGAGGGAUUUAGCCUUGAUCUAGCACUCCGGAUCACUGAUGCCAAGCAGGGCAUCUUGUAUGCCUUAUUUAUAGGUGGAAAAUAAACUAUUCAGAACCCUUGUUUCAAGUCCUUGGAGAACCAGAAUGUAAAUGGUCAGUAGCUAUUGGUGCAUCACAUUUUCCUACUAAUUCUGAGGCUGGUGUGAAAAAAAGUUCCCCCCACCCCUUCACUAGCAUGCAAUCUACAGUGGUACCUCGGGUUACAGACGCUUCAGGUUACAGACGCUUCAGGUUACAGACUCCACUAACCCAGAAAUAGUACCUCGGGUAUAAUGGUAUGGGGUUGCUCGUGCGUAAGUUGCCGCCUCUCCUGGCUUUGUUGCCUUGUUAAACCUUUCUGUCUGGACAGCCCUUCAAUUCGUGGCUGCCUCAGUCGCUAGCAGAAUCUGUCAGUGGGCGUUUCUUAAACCUUUUCCAACAUAAAAGUUGUUUGACACCCAGUCUCCUCCUACUUUCUCUGCGUGGAAGUCUCCUGCGCAGGGAGGGCGUGGGUAGCCGAGGACCAGUGCUCUCCCCGCUGGUGUCCGGUGAAGAGUCUGGGAGCCCUCUCGCCGAUUCCCCCAUCUGCCCCUCCUUAUUCCUGGUGUUGCACUGAAUUGCUUCCCCAUCUGCUGAGCUGCCUCUCUCCCUGCUGGGCCCUUCUCCAGCAUCAUUAGAGAGCCUCCCCUCCACCUCUAGCUCCGAUGUCAGUUCCCUGACAUCGGGUUAAGAACUUUGCUUCAGGAUGAGAACAGAAAUCACACUCCGGCGGUGCGAUGGCAGCAGGAGGCCCCAUUAGCUAAAGUGGUACCUCAGGUUUCAGGUUAAGAACAGUUUCAGGUUAAGAACGGAUCUCCAGAACGAAUUAAGUUCUUAACCUGAGGUACCACUGUAAUGUCAAGAAGUGGGGCACAGUGACUAUCUAUCUAUCUAUCUAUAUAUAUAUAUAUAUUCCUGGAGGCUUAAAAAAAGCUUUUGCAUUCUGCUUUUCUCUACCUUUCAGAAUUGUCAGAAAUAUCAAAGUGUGUGUCAUUAUGUUAAAAUCCAUCCACCGAAACCAUUUUUUAAAAAAAUGUGGCAGAAUCAGCAGGGCUUCAGGAGAGGCUGGAGGAGCAUCUUUGGUUUCAAACAACAGCAGCCCGCUGCAUUGCAGAUCCUGCAUCAUUCACAGGCCACGGACAGAGAGAAAUACUCUCUGCUGAAUUAAUUCUAAUGCACAGGACUGUUGGAGAAUAAUGGAUAAAAAGUUAGGUUACUGUGGCCCCUGGUGGCAGAAAGAUGUACCGCAGCCUGGAUAGAAAUGUCCCAUCAUGUGCUAAGCCAGGGCUCCAUGACAUUUUCAGCCAGAUCUGGAAAUUUCAAGCAAGUGCUGUAGGCAUCAUCCCCUCUGGCUAUUUUUCUAGCCCUUGGACAGCCCCCUGCUAUGAGGGAAGCAUGUGCCCAUGCACACUUUUGCUUUCUCUAGGAAUCUGGGUAAAAGUGAGAUCCAGAGGAAUUAAACAGACCCUGGAAAAGAAUAUAGAGGUGAGAGAGGAAGUGGGAAAGAGCGUCACUCUUUCAGCCUCCUCUUUCAGCUCCAUGUACUUUUUGAGGGUGGAAAAGGUAGUGGUCCUCACCACAUCAUGACCGAGGGGGCAGUGGGCGGGAAGCUUGGAGGCUUUGCAGGUACCACUGCACCCAUGGGUGUUUUGCUGACAACCUCUGGGUUAUGCAAAUGUCUAGAGAACUGAGGCAGUUUCCCUCUUUAGGGAAGUUUUUUUAAUAGUUUAUGUUUUAUUAUGGUUUUAUAUAAGUUGCAAGCCCCCCAGAGUGGCUGGGGUAACCCAUUCAGAUGGGUGGGGCACAAAUAAUCAAUCACCCAUCUGUGUCUAUCUAAACAUUCAAUUUGUGCAGGUGGCCUAAGAGUUGCGGUUGUACAUUUUGAGGCUGAAAAGCUCCCUGCACUGUGGUUUAUAAGGAGAAAGGAAAGGACUCAUUUGGAUGGAUUUUCCCCCUAAAUUGAUUUUUGAAUUCUGAAUUUAUUGUUAUUCACGUUUUAUACUGUAUUUUAUGCUGUUUUUUGUUGCAUCAAUUAAGUGUUUUAAAUUUGUUGUUAGCUGCCCUGAGCCCUGUUUUCUGAACCGGGAAGGGUGGGGUAUAAAUAAAAUUAUUAUUAGUAUUAUUCAUAAUUAUUGUUAUUAUUUCCACUCUCUGGUAGCACUUGUGCAGUAUAUAACAAUAAAAUGCUCGCAUUGUACUCUGCAAGAAUUGUAGAGCUAUAUAGCGUAGAGAAGGGGGCGGGGAGAGAAAGGAGAUAUUUAUCUUCUCUUUCUCUCGCCUCUCCUGAAACGCCUCCCUUGCCUCUCAGGCCUGAACGGGACCUCAGGGUUCCUGCUCCAGUCUGACUGGAGCUCUGUUCUGCCUCAGAACUGCAGGUGACAUGGACCUACGGUGGGGCUGAAACCUAAGCUGCAUAUUUUUUAAAGGUUCGGGAUACUUCUCUCCAUGCUGCCACACACCCACCCCCUAAAAUAAAGAAGCUCAAGUUUGCUUUCUGCCUUCAGUGCAGUUGACGUUGGGACCGAUAUGCUGGAACUUGACUGCCACUUGACGAAGGAUGAGCAAGUCGUCGUGUCUCAUGACGAGAAUCUGAAACGGUCGACCGGGGUCGAUGUCAAUAUAUCAGACCUCGAAUACUCGGUAAGUUGAAAUAAGCACCCUCUGCUUUCCUCCACCGCUUAAUUUCCCAACUGGGUGAACUCCAUAGGACAUCAGACUCAAUUCCCUGCAGUCCGGGGUUGGUUUGUUUACAUGAUUUAUAUGCUACUGAAUUGACGGCAAAACUCAAUGCUGUUUGCAUACAAAUUAUGGGACUCAUAGUUCCAAAGGUCUAGAAGGCUGCCUGUAAGACUUAGAAAACAGUUAAUAAUGUGCUUAAGUAUUCUAAAUAUAGAAAAAUAGUGCAGAAGGUCACAUCCACAGUCCUGCAGAUCUUCCCUGCUGAGGCUUGCAGCUUGCUGAAGUAGCUAAGAAGGCUGGUAAUGGAAACGCCCAUUUGAAAAACUCGCAUCAGGCUCUGAUACUAUAAAACGCAACACAGUGGUGGGGAACCUCUGGCCCAAAUGUGACCCUCUAGCUCCCUCUGUCUAGCCUUCUGAACUCUCCAUACCCCUUCCCUGGCCUUGCUCUGCACCUCAGAUAUUUUUGCCUGGCUGCAAUGUUGAUCAUGCCUCUUGCUUUUCUGGAUGGAGCGUAGAGAGGGGUGUGUGAAAAUUAUUAUUAUUAUUAUUAUUAUUAUUAUUUAUACCCCUCCCUCCCCAGCCAAGGCCGGGCUCAGGGCAGCUUACAUGCAAUAAUAAAAACAAGUUCAAUGAUUACAACUUAAAAACAAAAUUAAAAUACAUUAAAAUAUUGAAACAUUAAAAUAUUAAAAUGUAGCCUCAUGGCAGGAGGAGAAGGAAAAGAAAAAAGAAAGAGAGGGAGGGAGGGAAUCAAAUUGGCUCCAAGCCAAAGGCCAGGCAGAACAACUCUGUCUUACAGGCCCUGCGGAAAGAAAUCCGAUCCUGCAGGGCCCCGGUCUCAUGAGGCAGAGCGUUCCGCCAGGCUGGAGCCAGAGUUGAAAAGGCCCUGGCUCUGGUUGAAGCUAAUCUGACUUCCUUAGGGCCCGGGACCACUAGGGUGUUGCUAUUUAUGGACCUUGAGGCUCUCUGUGGGGCAUACCAGGAGAGGCGGCCCCGUAGGUACGAGGGUCCUAGGCCGUGAAGGGCUUUAAAGGUCAAAAGCAGCACCUUAAAUCUGACCCUGUACUCCACCGGAAGCCAGUGCAGCUGGAAAAGCACUGGGUGAAUAUGCUCCCAUGGCAGAGACCCCGUGAGGAGCCUCGCUGCAGCAUUCUGCACCCACAGAAUGUGUGUAGAAAACUAGCCUACUGUACAAAAGUAAGAUCUGCGUUAGCUGCUCUGCUCACUUUUGCCUCUGGCUGCACCACCAGUUGGCAUGUGGUUCUUGGAGGCUACGAAAGGUUCCCUACCUUGGGAUUCCUUCAGUGGUGAAAAUGGAUUGUAUGUUUUUCUGAAGCUCCAUAACAGUAGCACUGGUAUUUCUUGCUCCAUGGAUGCUCUGCAGUGGUCUCCUUGUUUCAGGAUCUUACUGUUGUGCUUCCUCUUAAGCUGAUUGGCUGAGGCGCAGAGGGCUCCCAGAACUCAGCUGAGCAAGGCCCCAUGCCACUCCGGUAGCUCUCCCUCUAGGAAAAAAGCACUGUAUUGAACUGAUUAGUUCUUCUAUUUAAAAGUCAAUUUCUAGCCUAAUCUUCCUCUGCAAAUUUGUUUGUGUAUGUUUAAUAACAUUUUCCCCCUCAUCCUCGCCGCGGGAUCACAUUCACCCAGUGCUAUACCAGCUGCACUGGCUCCCAGUGGCGUACAGGAUCAGGUUUAAGGUGCUGGUUUUAACCUUUAAAGCCCUACACAGUCUAGGACCCUCGUACCUACGGGACCGCCUCUCCUGGUAUGUCUUACGGAGGACCUUACGAUCUUCAAACAAAAACACCUUGGAGGUCCCGGGCCACAGGGAGGUUAGGCUGGCCUCAACCAGAGCCAGGGCUUUUUCGGCUGUGGCCCCGAUCUGGUGGAAUGCUCUGUCACAAGAGACUAGGGCCCUGCGGGACUUGACAUCUUUCCGCAGGGCCUGCAAGACAGAGCUGUUCCACCAGGCCUUUGGCCAAGGCACAGUCUGACCCCCUCCUUUGGUAAUCCUCACAGAACUCUAGCCCAAUGGUUGCCAUUAAUUUGAUUUUGAACUGAUUUUAGAAUGAAUUGAUUUUAGAAUGCUGUGUUACUUUUAUUGUUGUUAGCUGCUUUGAGCCCGGCUUCGGCUGGGGAGGGCGGGAUAUAAAUAAAAUUUUAUUUUAUUUAUUAAUUAUUAUUAUUUACUUCCUUCACAAUAAGACCAAACGUUCUUUCUCUGCAAAGAUUACUCUUGUUCCUGUGACUUAAAAAUAAAUUCCAGAUAACUCUUCCUUAGAUUUUUCUUUCCAGAGCACCUGAUGUGUAAGGUCUGAGAGGUUGAAACGAGGCUGUCUCUGGAUGAUGAUGAUGAUGCUCAAUCAGUUUGUGUAAAUUGGCAUCUGUGUGGAGUUAACGCAUCCAUGUCUUUUUUAUUUAUUUAUUUAAAGGAACUCCCGCCGUACCUCUGCAGAUUGGAUGUAACAUUCCAGAAAGGUAAUAUUUGGAAGACCUUACCACUUUUGAAAUGUUAUUUUUUUUGUUCAUGGCAUCGUUGGGUUUCUGUACAUGAACUUUAUGUCACUGGAAGUUGCUGCCAGCCAGUGUAGGCAGUGCUGAGCUGGGUGGACCCGGUGGCGUGACAGCCGCUUCAUAUGUUAACCCAGCACCAAAUCAGCUUUGUUGCCAUGUAACAUGUGAAACAACUCUAGCUCUCCCCGUUACAAAUGAUGGCAGCCUGCGAGUGUCCCCAGCAGCAACCAAAUUCUGCUUGUGUCCAUCAGAGUGCCAUUGCGAAGGUGAAGACAAGCGCAUCCCUCUCCUGAAAGAGGUAUUUGAGGACUUCCCCCACACUCCUGUCAACAUAGACAUCAAGGUGAACAAUGACGUACUGAUUAAAAAGGUGAGACCCCACCCCACCCCAGUCUGGUUCCUCUCAAAAGUCCAUUUGUGUAUUUCAUCAAACUGGGAGAACAUUGACUGACCCUGGUCCUGCUAGCUAGGGAUGAUGGGAGUUGUAGUCCAGUAACAGCUGGAGACCGAAGUUUGGGAAACCCUCAUCUAGAGAAAUAAUACAAUGACUUGAGGACUGAGAAAUAACAUUAAAGAAACUGCCCCAUUGUGUAAUUGCCACAAACAAAAAAACAGCAGCCCCUCUGUGUUCAUAUUGAUCUCAGGUCUCAGAGUUGGUGAGCCUUUACAAGCGAGAACAUCUGACGGUUUGGGGCAACGUCAGUCAUGAGAUAGUUGAAAAGUGUCACAAAGAGGUAAGCGGCCAGCAUUUCAUCCUGAUAAACCUUCUCCUGUCAAAGCUUUUCUCCUGUCCUUCCACAAGGCCACGUACAGAGUUAUUCCUCCCCCCACCUUGCAUUUUAUCCUCACAACAACCCUGUGAGAUAGGGUGGGCUGAGAGAGAUUGUGAGUGCCCCAAGAUCGGCCACUGAAAUCCGUGGCUGAAAGGGGAUUUAAAACUAGGACUCCUGCUCAGAUGCUCUAGCAACUUUUAAUACUAUACAUGUCCCCCACCUUGGGGCCGUGGGGUAAAGGCUGGGUUGUAAAUGCGCCAAACGUACUGGCCUUAAAGGUAAAGGGACCCCUAACCAUUAGGUCCAGUUGUGACCGACUCUGGGGUUGUGGCACCCAUCUCGCUUUAUUGGCCGAGGGAGCUGGCGUACAGCUACCGGGUCACGUGGCCAGCAUGACUAAGCCGCUUCUGGCGAACCAGAGCAGCGCAUGGAAACACCGUUUAAAUUCCCACUGGAGCAGUAGCUAUUUAUCUACUUGCACUUUGACGUGCUUUCGAACUGCUAGGUGGGCAGGAGCAGGGACCGAGCAACGGGAGCUCACCCCGUUGUGGGGAUUCAAACCGCCAACCUUCUGAUCGGCAAGUCCUAGGCUCUGUGGUUUAACCCACAGUGCCACCUGCGUCCUUGUACUGGCCUUAGUUGUGCAUUAAACCUGCUGUGUUUGUGCCUUAUUUUAUCUCUCACUUUCUAUUUCUCCAGAACGCCCACAUCCCUAUCCUCUUCUGCUUGCGACGUGUCCUGCUCCUCCUCGGCCUGUUCUAUACCGGCCUCCUGCCUUUCUUUCCCAUCCUGGAGGAGUUCUUGGAGAUUCCUAUGCCUUCCAUCAUUCUCAAGUAAGUUGCUUGUUUUGCAGUGGUGCUAGAAGCACAGCGGAGCGGAGCUCACCUGGUUCCUCAAAGCUUUCGCAGAAACAGAAGGAAGCUGCCUUAAAACAAGUCAAAUGAUUUGUCUUCUCUAGGCCAGUGUUGCCUACUCUGAAUAAAAGGUUGUGGAGUUUGGGACUUUUUAGUUUAGAGAAAAAAAGGCAAGUAAGAGGAAUUUUAUGAAAUUCCUACCCUUGUUCUGUGGUGUCACUCAGAAGUCUUUGGUUGCUUUUUUCUUUAAUAAGAAAAAGAAAUGCUGAAUUCUUAUGAUCUGUUCAUAAAUCAUGCACAUUUAUUUCUGUUGCUUUUACGGAAUUACACCAGUCAGUUCUUAAUGCUUGAGUAAUUUAGUUUUUAUACGUAAAAUGUUUAAAGGCCUAUUUUUUGCUUACAAGUUACAUACAGUAAUGAACUGCUGUUAUUACUCCUUAAACUAAUUUUUUGCUAAGCACAGAAGGGGCAAGAAGCUAACACAAAGGUUUGCCCCCAGCUUUAGGGGGGAAAUCUCAUUCAUCCACCCUUCACUUCUCAGAGAGAAGGGCUAGAAACCCGUAUAGGGGUGUGGGUGUGCUCCUUGCACCAGCAGGGAUGAUAGUAAAAGGGAUCCGGGCUUCUCUGUAUGUUUUUGAACGGGUGGUGCUUGCAUUCCAAUUUCCUACAUUUUUCAUGUUGAAACUGUGUUGCAACAGGGCCUUGUGGCCUUUCUCAGGCUCUGAGUGCAUCUUCCAAGCCGCUUGGCAUUAAAGCCCAACAAGCUUGAUAUCUGUGCUGCACUCAGUGAUCCCUUUUCUGUUUUCCCAGUUGCUAACAGCAUGUAUUAAAAUGGCAGUCCUGUAAACACAAGUUCUUCUCUUCUCUUCUUAGGUUGAAAGAAUCAGAGAAGAUCUCAAGGAGCCAGCGGUUUACCAUAUGGCUUACUGAUGCGUAAGGCUACCUUUCCUCCUCAGCCCUUUGUCAUAGUGCCGUCAUUCUCCUCUAGAGCAGAAGCCUCACCCCUCUCCCCGAAUGCAGUGCUUCAAAAGGAGUAACACCUCUUAGGGCCUGUUUUCAAACGUUAUCUCCAACUCUUCCCCUGAUCCUACUACUCUUGCUGUUUGGGCUUCCAGUGCUUUCCUGAUCCACAGCUCUAUAUCCCAAAUGGUCAGGCUCUUUGUUUAGUACAAUAUAAUAUAAUUUAUCAUUUGUACCCUGCCCAUCUGGCUGGGUUUCCCUAGCCACUCUGAGCGGCUUCCAACAAAGAUUAAAAAUACAUUAAAAUGUCACACAUUAAAAACUUCCCUGAACAGGGCUGCCUUCAGAUGUCUUCUAAAUGUCAGGUAGUUGUUUAUCUCUUUGACAUCUGAUGGGAGGGCGUUUCACAGGGCGGGUGCCACCACCGAGAAGGCCCUCUGUCUGGUUCCCUGUAGCUUUGCUUCUCGCAAUGAAGGAACUGCCAGAAGGCCCUCAGCGCUAGACCUCAUAUUAGGCAUUGUUGUUGUUUAGUCGUUUAGUCAUGUCCAACUCUUCGUGACCCCAUGGACCAGAGCACACCAGGCACUUCUGUCUUCCACUGCCUCCCGCAGUUUGGUCAAACUCAUGCUGGUAGCUUUGAGAACACUAUCCAACCAUCUCGUCCUUUGUCAUCCUCUUCUCCUUGUGCCCUCCAUCUUUCCCAACAUCAGGGUCUUUUCCAGGGAGUCUUCUCUUCUCAUGAGGUGGCCAAAGUCUUGGAGCCUCAGCUUCAGGAUCUGUCCUUCCAGUGAGCACUCAGGGCUGAUUUCCUUAAGAAUGGAGAGGUUUGAUCUUCUUGCAGUCCAUGCACCAUAAUUCAAAAGCAUCAAUUCUUUGGCGAUCAGCCUUCUUUAUGGUCCAGCUUUCACUUCCAUACAUCACUACUGGGAAAACCAUUAGGCAUUAGGCAUAUUCAAGUCUCCCAUGAGCCCAGAAUGCUCACCUCUGAAUGUUUCAGUGCCUCCCUCCAACUAGCCUCCACUGGUGGGUUAUUCUUUCUUUUUGCUGCAUCUUGGCAUCCCAGUGCAGAGGUGCUAUAGAGUUACUAACCCCUCCUUUCCCAAGGAGGUUGCCUGUUCGUUGCUCUAGCCUUACCACCUCCCGGUUAGCAGGCACAGCAAGACAUGCCACAGGGGCAUAUCCUGCUGAUAAUGUACAAAGUGCUGCUUUGGGGAGGAGCCAAAACUCAGUGGCAGAGGACAUGUUUUUCAGGCAGAGAAUCUCAGUUCCACCCCCUUAGAAGGAUCAGGAAGCAGGUGUGAGAAAGAUGUUGCUUCGCCUGGUGAACCUCUCCCAGUCAGAGUAGACAAAGCUGGGCUUAAACACACCCGAGGCCUGGUAGAUAAUAAAGCCCAUCCUGUUUACCCAUACUUUUAAAAUCAUCAGAUUGCGGCUGCAUUCAGACAACACUUUAGUCCAUCUUCCCAAUGUUUCCUUACUGGUCAAUUUCUACCUUCUAUGUGAUCUUUCACACAUUGGAAAAGCCGCUUCAGGAAAUCUAGUGGAAUCUAGCGGAGGCUUGCCACUCAUUUCUGUAUUAAUUUGUUGGGGGGGGGACGGAUCUGUUUGCAGCCUCAUAAACUUGAGAAUUCAUGUUGUAAUUUUACAUGCUGACAUUUGGGGCAGUAUUCCAGCUGCAUGCAAAUUUAGCAGAACGUGGCAAUUUUAUCAAUCAAAGAGCCACAGUUCCAUAACUCAACAGGUGCCUCAGUUUGAAAGGAACAUUAGAAGACAUAACAAUGCUAGCGUAAUAGCCAGUAAAACUAACACAAUAAACCGCACGUCUAAGUGCAGCUUGUUUUGCAUUAAUUUGUUGGAUGCCUGGAGUGCUAGUUUAGUGGAAAGGGAGGUAUAGCUACACACACACACACACACACACACACACACACACACUGGUACCUCAGGUUAAGUUCUUAAUUUGUUCCGGAGGUCCGUUCUUAACCUGAAACUGUUCUUAAUCUGAAGCACCACUUUAGCUAAUGGGGCCUCCUGCUGCUGCUGCUGCCGCGCCGCCAGAGCACGAUUUCUGUUCUCAUCCUGAAGCAAAGUUCUUAACCUGAAGCACUAUUUCUGGGUUAGCAGAGUCUGUAACCUGAAGCGUAUGUAACCCGAGGUACCACUGUAUAUAUAUGUAUGUAUAUGUAUAUAUGUAUAUAUCACACCUUUGAUAGACAUGUCAAUGAUCUUACUAUCCUGUCGUUGCAGAUUGUUAAUGAGGAAAGCAUUAUUUGACCACCUCACUGCUCGAGGAAUUCAGGUACGGUGUAACACAGAUCUUCUGAAAUUUUGUGUGGGAGCUGCUCUGUUCUGUUCCCAUCUCCAACUAACCUCAGAAAAGUGUGACGUAAACAACACAUUAAAGAACUUGGCAUGUGUUAAGUGGGAUCCCACAUAGUUCACACAAGCGCUACAUUGACUCCCACCUCCGCUCAACCUGUAGCCCGGGUGGGGAGCCUUCUUGCCUCCUUGGGCCAGAUCCAUAUCGGGAUCAGCCUUGAGGGCUGAAUGUGACAGCUGGGUGGCGCCCUCCACCUGUCAGUGACUUGAUGUCACAUUGGAACUUUAAAGCACCUUGCAAAGUGCUGCUAAGAGGAAGUUUUUUUCUCCCAUUUUAGCAGGAGAUUCUGUUUGAACCCCUUCCUUACUGGAUCUCCUUACUGCAUGGAAUCCUGCCAAACUGAGCACAAUUUAACCCCUGCUCAUCAGCUGAUAGGCAGAAGUUGAAUCCUGCUCAGUUUGGCUGUGCACCCCUGUUCCCUGUAAUAGGUGCACAGCGGAUGCAGGAUUUAACCCCACUUUCCCACCCAUCAGAUGACUUCCCAAGCAGAGAGGCAUGGGAGACACGGCCUGGCAGGCCCAAAAUUUGACCUCUGCUGGCCAGAGGUCUUCCUCCCCUGCUUCCUGGGAUUCUAAGGAAAGCCAAUAUGAACAUUCUCUUUCUGAUGUGCUGCUGAUGCUUUGAAAGUGACUUAUCUGAUGCCAAAAAAUACUUAACUGCUUCUGACUGACCUAGUAUCUGAGCAAGUGACUUCCAGCUCACAUUAUACUAGCUUUGAUCAGCCUGUAUGCACAGCCACCACAGAGCAUGCCUGUACGCUGGAGAUCAUGCUUCUGGUCCUCAUGACAGGAGGGCCGGCUGUUGUUUUUCAGCUUACAGAAAACGUGGAUGGGGGAAGCAUUGCUUGACCUUCUCGCCUCUGGACAAGCUUUAUGCUUCAUGCUCUUGUCUUGAUCCUCCGGUCUUUCUUCUUCUUCCCUCCCUCCCCACCCAAAAGCCGAGGGCAAAGGGAAAGAAGCUUGUAGAAAUCAACAUGCUUUUUUAUUCCCCAGCAUCUCCCCUUGGGGCUAGGAAAUGCUGCCUCCCAGGAGAGCUGCAUCCACUCAGUGUGGACAGUACUGAGCUAGUUGGAACAUAGGUCUGGCUCAUUAGAAAGCAGUUCUCUGUGUUUUUACCUUAUUAUAAAUGUUAACUAUAUUUGAGUUGUUUUUAAUGCUCCUUUUCCACUGUCUUUUAUUGGGGGGGGGGUGAGAGAGAGAGGAGAGAGAGAAAGAGAGAACCACUUAGAUGUCAGGGAACUGCAAGCAGCAAGGGAGCAAAGAAUUAGAGGAUUCAGGGAACGAUCUCCACUGCUCAGUACUGAGUCCUCCUCAGAAGACAGAGAAGAGGAUAGUGAGUCUGGGGAGGAAGGGGUGCUUCAGAGAGAGGGGGAUCCACGUCACAGGGGAAAACGGAAGGGGCUGAGCCGUUGGCUCUGUUGGUCUCGAGGGAGAGGGAAAAGAGAAAGUAGUUAGAGCAACGCGUCAUGAGAGACGGGUUGCUUUGUUUAUUCUGUAUGUAAUCUUGUCAGAAGAAAAUAAAGAAAGGAAUUUAUGGCUGGCUGCCGGGAGUGUUUUUCUGCUAAGUGCAGCAACGCAUGCAGCUGGCUAGCUGACAUUAGAGGUUUACAAUCAGGCAGUAUACGAAUUCUGUUAAAUAAAAAUUAAAAAGUGGGUGACCAGACUAAUAAAGGAUGAAUGUUAGCAAAUGCCAGCAUUCCUGCUUAGGUUCAGUUUCAGUUGUGGCCUUAGCCCAUGGAUAGGCAAAUUAGGGGCCGGAUCCGGACCAAUUGCCUCCUAAAUCUGGCCCGUGGAUGGUCCGGGAAUCAGCGUGUUUUAACAUGAGUAGAAUGUGUCCUUUUAUUUAAAAUGCAUCUCUGGGUUAUUUGUGGGGCCUGCCUGGUGUUUUUACAUGAGUAGAAUGUGUGCUUUUAUUUAAAAUGCAUCUCUUGGUUAUUUGUGGGGCACAGGAAUUCGUUCAUAUUUUUUUUUCCAAAAUCUAGUCCGGCCCCCCACAAGGUCUGAGGGACAGUGGACCAGCCCCCUGCUGACAAAGUCUGCUGACCCCUGUGACUUAGCCAAAAGCAGCCAUAGGCAAAAGUUGUAUUGGGAGGCAUUAUCAGUCACACAUCCAUUGUGUGCCUUCUCUCCCUCCAGGUGUAUAUCUGGGUCCUCAACGAAGACGAAGAGUACCAGCGAGCGUUCGAUUUGGGCGCGACGGGCGUGAUGACGGAUUACCCCACGAAGCUGAAGAACUUUUUGCACACCUACACGCCUGGGCAGCAGAAAGACAAGGAAGGGUAGUUCUUGCAAAGAGGAAGGGGGGAGAGUACACGAUCCCCGGACAGCACCAAGCCAAGGAGGAGCGGCAGCAGCACCCCCCCUCCAACACACCGGCACCCUCCUGCCUGAACUUUUCAGUGACAUGCGCUCACCCGACAAUGAGACGUAGACGCAGCUGGGUUUUAUUACCUCAUUCUUAAGUCAUUACACCUCUUAGAGAUUGCACACAGCUAUAUUUAUUUUAAAAUGUAAGCGGCAUAGUUGUUAUGUAAAUAGCUUGAUGGGCGGGCGUUGCACCCUGGUCCGACGAGACAUCUCUAGGAAGGAACCUGCCGACAGGGCGAUUCCUAGAGGUGGUAGGUGUAACUUAACCGUAUUCGUUGCUAGCUCAGAUUCCACCAAGUUUGCACAUGGAAAACAUUCCAGCGGGACACUUUUUUAAAAAUAAUAAUAAUAACAAUAAUUUUACUUUGUUGCCUACUCUGUGUAAAAUGUUCUUAGUGGACUGGCUGACGCGGCCGUAAUUGUCACGUUUUCUUAGUGAGGCAGAAAGAGGAAAAGAAGAAAGAGCUGGAAAAAUGGACAAGCUGGACUUUACGCUCUGCUAAAAGCCCCUGUCUGACAUCCAUGUUUUAUUUGCUGAGGACAACUUUGAAGAGGGGGUGAUGAACUGUUCCCCGGUGGCUACUCCCCCACCACCCAAAUCCGGUAGGCUGCUUCAAGCGCUGUUUGACGGCAGACACUCUUUGCUCCAUGCGCCAUUCCUGCCUCUUGAGCAGGCUAUCUGGCCACAGCAAAUCUUGGCCAGGGAACUCAUGACGGCCAGUCCUCUAGCAUAACUCAUGAAAGUUAGCCUUCUUUUAUGGUGUGUGUGUGUGUGUGUCCAACAGCGAACCCUAAAACUAGCAAUAGUGCUGCUUGUAUCAAUGUAGGGAUGUCUUGGCCAGUUUGUUGUACGUACUGCCAUGUUUUUUUAGCCUGAAGCAUUUUUGGGAAGGGCUCGCACUGCAGUCAUUGACUCCGAGUGAGAGCAGAAGACAUAUAACAGUAAGAUGCGACACCACUUUUCAGGGGCUGACGGUAUCAAAGGCUGCAACCUUUUUUUCCACCUGGCCUGAAUUCAGAAAGUAGAAUAAGCUACCGUUCUUGUAGAUUCCAGGCUCGCUUGUCUCGGUAGUCAUAAGCCUAGUAGCACAUGCCACAUUUUGAACCAAGAGGCUGAAAUUCCCAAAACAAAGCCUCUCUAAUUGACUGGCAUAUGUAGAAAGAGGUCUCUGCACUUUGUACCACUGUUGGAACACUGUUGCCUCCCCAGGAGAAGUCUGGUUCAAGAAUUCCUGGAGUAAGUGCUGAGUGCAAGGAAAGGUCUUAACUUCGCCUCUGCAAGUGCGCUUUGGUUAACUGAGCUGGUCUCCACUCCCAUGCACAAGGGUAUCUUCUGACCUACUGACACCUGGAGAAAAUAGCAUCACGUUUACUUUAAAAUAAGUCAAUAAGUUUUAAAUAUAAGGGGGUGGCAAGCCACAGAAGAAAGGUAUGGAAAACCAGUGCAGUUCAAGACCUAGACCUAGGUUCAAAUAUCCGCUUGAUUAAAAUAAAAAGUAGCUGGGAUAGUUUAGAGCAGUCACAAUCUCUCAGCCUAACCUACCUCACAGGGCAGUUAUGAGGAUAACAGGGUAUUUUUUUAAAAAAAACAAUGGCACUGUAGACCACCCUGAAUUCUUUGGAGGGAUUUGAUACUAACUGUGACUUUAAAAGGCCUUUAAAGUGUAAGAGUUGAAACUGUAGCAUGUAUAUUCCGAAGUACACUUCUGUGUCGCCUCUCCUAAAUUUAGCUUAAACUGUACUGUGAGGGACGUAGCGGUCUCUGAAUCAGCGAAUUAAAAAAAGAAAGAAAACGCA